CAUGCCGCAUGCUGGCUAUGCUGAUCCGAUGGCGAUGAUGACGCGGGCGCCACGCGCGCGAAUUCGCCGUCGACUUUGACCGCCGACGAGCUAGCCCUACCCUUUGCCUUCGCCUGCUUCCAAUGGCGCCCGCGGACGCGACGCGCGCACGUCGACAAAACCUACCCUUUCCGGCGCCGGGUCCAUGCGUAUUAAUACCCUCUUCCCCGGCGUGGCGCCACCGGUAAAAACCCUACCUAGCCGAUCCAACAGUACGUCGCCGGAGCCCGGAGCAAGCGCCGCUCGUGGUCGUAGCUAGCUAGCUAGCUAGGUCAUUUCUUGGUUGAUUCUUCUGUGGCUUUGCUGCGCGCCGCGUUUUGACAUGGAAGAUGGUGGUUGCCGGCGGCGGCGGCGGUGGUGUGGGUCGUCGUCGUCGUCGUUGGUGCAGAGGAUGGUGGUGGCGUGCUUCGGGGUGUCGGGCUCGUCCGUGCGGUGGCGGCGGGGGCGGAGGACGGCGAGGCUGGUGCUGUGGGGAGGCGAGGCGCGGGUGGCGAGGCACGGGAAGCUGGCCGGGCAGGUCAUGCUCGACUUCACGGACAGCGUCGUGUGCCGCGCCGACGGGUUCUGCAUCGGCCGCCCGGCGCCGGUGCUCGCCAUCGAGGACCGCCUCGUCGCCGGGAGGACGUACCUCGUGCUCCCCGUCGACCGCCUGCCCCAGGGCUACGACGCCGUCACGGCCGCCUCGCUAGCCGCGCUGUCCUACGACAGGGGGGCCGGCGCGGCGGCGUCCAUCGCCGGCGGCGCCAAGAGCCCGUUCGAGUACGUCAAGGGCGACGACGGACGGACGGUCAUCAAGGUCACCCCGGAGUUCAUCGUGAGGGCCAUCACCUCCGCGAGACCAACCUACGACGACGACGACGACGGGGAGGGCGCCGGCGGCACCGCCGGGGCCGGGGCGCUGUGCAGCACGCCGGAGCUGAGGAAGCACUACGAGCAGCUGGUGGGCGCAGCGAGGAGCCGGGCGUGGUCGCCGCGGCUGGAGACGAUCAAGGAGCGCAAGGGCGGCAGGAGGACCGUCGCGGCGGCGGUGAGCCCCGGGCGGCUGUCGCCGGUGGCGGCGAGGCUCCUCGGCCUGGACCGAGGAGCAAGCUGAUCGGAGAGCCUUGUAAUUAAGCUCCAAAUUGAUCAGAACGUGAUUGCCGCUUAAUUUGUUCAUCAAGUUGAUCCAAUUGCUAGCUAGUUGCUCCUUUUGUUAGUUUUGGUUGGGAUCAGGCAGCUAGCUGGAUCAUGAACAAAUUUAGCGAUGGAUUGGAUUCGGUUAUUGGACAGUACAGCUAGUGGAGUGACCUGUGUAAUUGAGUGAAUUAAUGUUGAUUGCUUAAGCAGCUCGAGAAAACUAAAUGUACAUUAAGAUGCAUCUUCAUCAAUUAAUUAUCACAUUAUUAAGAGGAAUAUAAUCAUCCAAGG